UAGGUAGGUCUGCGCCUGCGCGGGAACUUCUGCGUCUCGGCUAGGAGCGAAGUCUACCCGGAUUAAGAUGGCGGCGGCAGCGGCGGCGGCCCGGUUGGGCUGGGGAGCUGCAGCCGCUGCCGCGGGGCUGCGUAGUCGAUUCUGUCAUAUGAUGAAUCCAUAUAUGAGACAGAAGCAACCUCUACAUUGGUUUGGACAAAGGCCACUUUUCCCAAUACCUGAAGCCUUGCGUCAAACAGUGAGAUACAUGUUUAUUCAAACACAAGAUACACCAAAUCCCAACAGCUUAAAGUUUAUUCCAGGAAAGCCAGUUCUUGAGACAAGGACCAUGGAUUUCCCCACACCAGCUUCUGCAUUUCGCUCCCCUCUGGCUAGACAGUUAUUUAGAAUUGAAGGAGUAAAAAGUGUCUUCUUCGGACCAGAUUUCAUCACUAUCACAAAGGAAAAUGAAGAAUUGGACUGGAAUUUAAUAAAACCAGAUAUUUAUGCAACAAUCAUGGACUUCUUUGCAUCUGGCUUACCCUUGGUUACUGAGGAAACACCUUCCGGAGAAGCAGGAUCAGAAGAGGAUGAUGAAGUUGUGGCUAUGAUUAAGGAAUUGUUAGAUACUAGAAUACGGCCAACUGUGCAGGAAGAUGGAGGAGAUGUAAUUUAUAAAGGCUUUGAAGAUGGCAUCGUACAGUUGAAACUCCAAGGUUCUUGUACCAGCUGCCCCAGUUCAAUCAUUACUCUGAAAAAUGGAAUUCAGAACAUGCUACAGUUUUAUAUUCCAGAAGUAGAAGGCGUAGAACAGGUUAUGGAUGAUGAAUCAGAUGAAAAAGAAGCCAACUCACCUUAAAAUAAUUUGAGUUUUCUUUUGGUUCAACAGUUGGACUUGUUUAUAAUAUGUACCAGACUAUUAUUCCUAAUCUGCUAAGGAACUUGAAGAUUAAUAAAAACAUGUCCUCUCCAGACAA